AUGUUACAAAUUACAUUAGCUAUUUGCGAUCUUCCUUUUCGUGAGCAUCGAGAAAAUAUAAAUUCUCCAUGCAAAGGUAAUUUUUUAACUAUUAUUGACUUGCUGGCUAAAUAUGAUCCUGUGCUAAAACUGCAUUUAUCGGAAAAUAAUCCUAAUAGAUUCAAGUAUAUUAGUCCCGCCAUCCAGAAUGAGUUAGUACAUAUUAUUAUCAGCAGUAAAGUGAAACAAAAUAUUUUACAAAAAAUCCAAAAUUCUCCGUUUUUCACUACAAUUACGGACACUACUCAAGACAUUUCAAAGACGGACCAAUUAAGCCAGAUUAUUAGAUAUGUAAUGCUUGAAAAAGAUGAAAAUAAUCAAAUUACAAAUCUUUGCAUUAAUGAGUCUUUUCUCGGGUUGCGUGAAGGCACAUAUCAAUCUGCUGCAAGUUGGGCAGAAAAUAUUCUUGCUAGCAUUACUGAGAUGGGUUUAAAUAUUUCAAGAUGUCGUGGACAAGGUUACGACGGAGCUGCACACAUGAGUGGGACUUAUUCAGGACUUCAAAAACCAAGAAUAUGUUCAUUGUGCUGCUCAUAA